AUGGGAGAAUGGAGCUUUCUGAGCGACUGGCUGGACUCGAUCAAAAGCCACGCACCCAUGCUGGGUCGUGUCUGGCUCCUGCUUAUGAUGAUCUUCCGCGUCCUCGUCCUGGCCACGGUAGGAAGUGACAUCUUUGAGGACGAGCAAGAAGAGUUUGCCUGCAACACACUACAACCCGGUUGCAAGCAAGUCUGCUACAACAAGGCGUUCCCCAUCUCACCGUUCAGGUUUUGGGUCUUCCACAUUGUGUUUCUGUCUGUGCCAUCCUUGUUGUUUGUGGUUUACGCCGUCCACCAGUCCUCAAAGGACGAAGAGAAGCAAGAGCGAGUAGGCCUCAUCCAAAGGCGAGAAACAGUUGUAAAACCGGUGCCAAGAAUAAAGAAAUGCUACAUCAUCCAUGUCAUACUACGACUGAUGGCUGAAGUGGCCCUGGUUGUCUUUCAGUACUUCCUAUUUGGCUUCACCAUUGAACCCCAGUUUCUGUGCACUGGUUUUCCCUGCCCACACAUUGUGGAUUGUUUUGUGUCUCGCCCAAUGGAGAAGACUGUGUUUUUAGUGUUUUAUUUUGUAGUUAGCAUCCUCUCUGCGAUUAUCAGCCUUGUUGAGCUGGCACACAUAGUUAAAAAGAUGUUCAGCCGACAGCAACUAAAAGACUUGGAGCAGCAGAACCAGUCGACUAGAAACUGCGCAAAGGAUAAGAACAUCGAAUCAGUUCAGCUAUUGGACAAGAUGGUUAUGGUGAACCUCGGCUCCAAUCAUUCUGACGUAGACUCUACUCACAAGAACAAGUCACUGGGCAGCAGCAACAGUGGAAGAUCUUCGCAGUCAAGUGCAAAGAAACCUUCCCUCAAUAUCUAAGAAAUAAAUCGGGCAACUGUGGUAUAACGACGACAGGGUGAUUCCAAAUUCAAA